AUGGAAAAUAAUAUUAUUCUUGAUACAACAUCAUCAAAUGUUAGAAAACUUCUUGAAGUAACACCUAAAAAUAUUUUUGGUCGUGAAAUAAUUGAAAAAUUGUCAACACUUCAAUAUCUUGGUAAUGAAGUAAUUGGUGCUAGAUAUGAAAUUGUUGAAUUAGACAAAAUAAGGCAAAAAACAAGAGAAGGAUUAAGAAAGUUAAAAGAUGGAAAAGGCCAAAAAAAAACAAGUAUUGUUGUUAAUGAUAAAGUAAUGUUAAAAUUACCAACAAAAUUUGUUAUUAAACAAUUAGAAAAAGAGUAUAACAAUAGUUCUAAUGAAAUUGACAAAGCUAGAGAGUUACUAAAAGAUAAAGUUGAUGAAUUAAAGAAAUAUGAAGGAGAUAAAGAUUUAGAUGCAUUAGGGUUUAGAUUAAAACCCAUAAAUAAUUAUUCUGAAAAUAUCUUGUAG